CAGAACAGCUCACCAGCAGCUCGGGGACACUCUGGGACCUGUGUGUGAAACACCGCGAGGUGCCACAUGGUACAGAGAUGUUUCACUCCCCCGAAGCGUCUGUUGUCGUCACUGGUCAGCUCCUACCAGCAGCCUCCUGAAGUGGGAUCCGCACCGGAGGGCUCGACAGUUCAGCUCUGGCCGAGCGGAGAGGAGGACCCGGUCCGAGGCAGAGGCUCCUUCCGAAGAUGUGAAGACAAAACGCCGCGUUACAGCGCAGUCGUUUGCACGUCUCGCCCGGGCGAAGUCAUUUCUAGUAAAUGCACUUUGCAGCAACGCUACACUUCUUUAUUCUUUUUUCUUGAUUUUUCGCAUUUGUGAGCGACCCGCUAUGGCAGUUCAGUUCACAUCCGGGCCACAAUGCCUUGACUCCAUUAUUGUCUAAAACUGGGGGUUGAUAAACCUUCUUUAUUUUCUACAGUUAACGACACAUUUUUGCUACGGGCAGUGAAGGCUGGAACCGAGAGGAGAUGUCUAACCAAGGAGUCCGGCGGAAUGGCCCCGUGAAGCUGCGAUUAACAGUCCUCUGCGCCAAAAACCUGGUAAAGAAAGACUUCUUCCGUCUCCCUGAUCCCUUUGCCAAGGUUGUUGUGGACGGUUCAGGGCAAUGCCACUCUACAGACACUGUGAGGAACACACUUGACCCCAAGUGGAAUCAACACUAUGACCUAUACAUCGGGAAAUCAGAUUCAAUCACCAUCAGCGUGUGGAAUCACAAGAAGAUUCACAAGAAGCAAGGGGCUGGGUUCCUGGGCUGUGUCCGCCUUCUGUCCAACGCUAUCAACCGCCUUAAAGACACAGGCUACCAGAGACUAGACUUGAACAAGCUGAGUCCCAACGACAGUGACACAGUCAGAGGCCAGAUAGUGGUGAGCCUGCAGUCUAGGGACCGGAUAGGCACAGGAGGCCCUGUGGUGGACUGCAGUCGGCUGUUUGACAAUGAUCUUCCAGAUGGCUGGGAGGAGAGGAGGACAGCGUCUGGACGAAUCCAGUACUUGAACCACAUCACACGCACCACACAGUGGGAGAGGCCUACCAGGCCUGCAUCAGAGUACUCCAGCCCUGGACGGCCUCUCAGCUGCAUCGUGGAUGAGAACACGCCCAUCAGCACAAACGGGGCCACGCCCACCACAGCGUUGCCACCCAGUGGCAGUGACCAGCGGGCCCAGGAGAGACGGGUCCGCUCCCAGAGGCACCGCAACUACAUGAGCAGAACCCACCUGCACACGCCCCCAGAUCUCCCUGAAGGAUAUGAGCAGAGGACCACGCAGCAAGGCCAAGUGUACUUUCUCCACACUCAGACAGGUGUCAGCACGUGGCAUGAUCCCAGAGUGCCAAGAGAUCUGAGUAAUGUGAACUGUGAGGAACUGGGUCCUCUACCUCCUGGAUGGGAGAUACGGAACACUGCCACCGGUAGGGUUUACUUUGUCGACCACAACAACCGAACCACGCAGUUCACAGACCCACGCCUCUCCGCCAACCUGCACCUAGUCCUAAAUCCAAGUCCCAAUGGUUCUCGAGGAGGCAUCGAAAGUCAGAAUGUCAGUCGUCAGAACCAGCUGAAGGAUCAGGCCCAGCAGGCUCUGGUGUCCCCCGGUCAGCUCCCAGAGGAGGCAGAGUGCCUCACUGUGCCCAAGUACAAGAGAGACCUUGUUCAGAAGCUCAAAAUCCUCCGCCAGGAACUGUCCCAGCAGCAGCCUCAGGCUGGCCACUGCCGCAUCGAGGUGUCCCGUGAGGAGAUCUUUGAGGAAUCGUAUCGACAGGUGAUGAAGAUGAGGCCGAAGGACCUGUGGAAAAGGCUAAUGGUGAAGUUCAGAGGAGAGGAGGGGCUCGAUUAUGGGGGAGUUGCCAGGGAGUGGCUCUAUCUGCUGUCCCAUGAGAUGCUGAACCCAUACUAUGGCCUGUUCCAGUAUUCCCGUGAUGACAUUUACACACUGCAGAUAAACCCCGACUCUGCUGUCAACCCCGAGCACUUGUCAUACUUUCAUUUCGUGGGCCGCAUCAUGGGGAUGGCGGUGUUCCAUGGCCACUACAUAGACGGAGGCUUUACUCUGCCCUUCUACAAACAGCUGUUGGGUAAACCGAUCACCCUGGACGACAUGGAGUCUGUUGACCCUGACCUGCACAACAGCCUCGUGUGGAUCCUUGACAACGACAUCACAGGUGUGCUGGACCACACCUUCUGCGUCGAACACAAUGCCUACGGAGAGAUCAUCCAGCACGAGCUGAAGCCCAACGGUAAGAGCAUCCCCGUUACUCAGGACACCAAGAAAGAGUACGUCCGGCUCUACGUCAACUGGCGUUUUCUGCGAGGCAUAGAGGCCCAGUUCCUGGCUCUGCAGAAGGGCUUCAAUGAGGUCAUCCCCCAACACCUGCUGAAGGCUUUCGAUGAGAAGGAGCUGGAGCUGAUUGUAUGUGGCCUCGGCAAAAUCGACAUCAACGACUGGAAGUCCAACACGCGGCUCAAACACUGCACUCCAGACAGCAACAUUGUGAAGUGGUUUUGGAAAGCCGUGGAGUCCUUCGACGAGGAGCGCAGAGCCCGGCUUCUUCAGUUUGUCACCGGCUCUUCCAGGGUUCCCCUGCAAGGCUUCAAGGCCCUCCAAGGUGCUGCCGGCCCACGACUCUUUACCAUCCACCAGAUUGAUGCCAGCACCAACAACCUUCCCAAAGCCCACACCUGUUUUAAUCGGAUCGACAUUCCGCCCUACGAGCAUUAUGACAAACUGUACGACAAGUUGCUCACUGCCAUCGAGGAGACGUGCGGCUUUGCUGUAGAGUGAGUCACUGAUGCAGGCAGAGCUCAGCAACAACCAGAAGCAACAUGGUUUGGCCGUGAUGAGCCUCCCCCUACAAAUCAGCCCACUCAGACGGGGGUCAUCCUCAGUUGCUUCACCCAGGGAUGCCCAUACUUCCCUGGGACAUGUGGCCAAGCUAAGGGAGGUUGUGCAGAGAAGACCAGAGCGUGUCAUCUGACUGGUUUCUGCCGCCAGCCCUCCCUUAUGUCUUUUUUUUAUCAUUGAAAAGGAUCUCUUCAGCUGCUAAUAACUCAAGACUCUUUACUAACUUGUGGAGCCUGCUAAAUUUGCUGGUUCUUCCCUUUUUUCUAAGUUCAUUUUAGCAUUUAAAAAAUAGACUGUAUUCCAUGUAGCAAUGCUCCAUCUUACCAAGCAGAACACAAGGUCAGUCCACUCUGAAAACGACGUUAACAGUACAGGGUCACCGAAGGCUACCACAGCCACUCGGAAACACUAAAUUUGGAUGAAGAGUGUGCAUGACUCAGGCUGUUUGGUGCCUCGCGGUGAUCACACCGGGGCUAUCGGCAAUGCAAAGGCUGCAAAACGGGGAUGUGUGCGGAUGAGACGGCAAGACUAGAGACUGAAUUAGGCCGAGCCUGACUGUUUACAGCCCUCUCCAAAGACAGCAGCAGGGACCUCUGCUCCUGAGUCGCUGCCCAACAACUAGAGCUGCAUUCCCAGAAACCUAUUUCACACGUUCGACAGCUAGUUUUUGUUUGAAAAUGAAUAAAUGAAUGAAUAGCUUGAAAUGUGUUAUUUUUAUAUAACAAGGAAAAUUGAAAAAGAAACAAUAAAAUUCUAUAUAAUAUAUAUAAUUUAUUGCUGGUAUAUUUCAAAAACCCCUUUCCAUUGUUCCAGAAAAAUAACAUCUUUUAAAUGUUAAGUGUUGCUGAUUAAAUUAUAGACGACAAUUUGUGAAAACAGAACUAAGCUUGACUGAAUGUCUCUUAAGAAUGCUGUGGUUUAUUUCUUGACAUAGCCUCUCUCAUACUGUACAAGGUGAGGUAUGUCUUAAAGAGCAAAAAAUCCAAUGUCCUCUGAGUGCCAUAAUCAUUUUGAAUGAAUGAAUCUUUGCAAACAUUGAGCGGACCCUUUAAAUUCUACCGUUCUCAUCGUGGAGCUACACGUGGUGGUGUGCCGUUUCCCUUCUAUUAUCUUUUUUGAACAGUCCGUCAUAUGUAGCUGGGCUAUAUUAAUGUCACUAGCAUGAAACCUACCUUUAAUUUCUAAUGGUAUUCUGUUCAGAGGAGUCCAAAGUCCAUCAUAAUCUAUUUUGUGCUGCCUCCACAUUGUUGUUGUUGGAAAAAAAGAAAAAGACCUCUACUACCUUCUAGCCAUGUGGUGCUAAAUAGCAUUAACGUUUGUCUUAUAUUGGCAACCUUACUCAUUGACAUACUACUGCUUAAAGUGCACAAUACACUACUCUUGCUUAUACCUGUUUGUGGCCACAAAACAUGUCCAAGAAAUCAAGAGCUCUACCUAGCCACAUUCUCAGGAGAUGUCACGUACUUUGUAAUGUCCUUUGAUUUGACGACUGACGGGAUGCUAAUUCUGACCAUCUGUCUGGAUUUCCUGAAUGUUAUGGGGUAAAAAAAAAAAAAAAGUCUCAUCAUUUAA